AUGAUAGACCGUGACUCAACGCCCAGCAGAGAGGGAUCAGUCCAAGCGAACCAAUUAGGUCUUGUAUCCCCACCCUCUGAGAUGCGUUAUCGUGUACAGAGACCAUCUUUGUUCGACAGCAGCUCUCUCUCGCCUAUUUCAUCGCCUACAAGUGUGUCUUUACAGCUCACUCAGACCAUAUCUUCAAGCGAAGGGGCGGAGUUUAUGCACCGUUUGGUUCGUCAAUACUGUCUCACUGCAUAUCAGUUAUUGGUACAUUUGCCAGAUCUCCCAAGGACCCAAGAAAUAUUUGGGUAUAUACCACCUUCUUCAAGCCGAAGCCAGAUAGCCAGCUCUUUAUGCAACGCGAUAUUAGCCGACGAUCUAGAGAGUCUUCAGCAUCGGGCGAAGGCACUCUCUUCCUUGAAUUCUCCCGUGGAUUCGGGCUCAACAAGAUCGGCAAUCGAAGGGUUUACCAUGGGUUGGAUGGAUGUUUAUGGAGUACAGAAAGCUCUUUGUGAAAAGAGAAUCCGAUUGAAGGAGGAUGUAACUACAUCUGAAGGAUCUCGUCCAAAGUCUGCUUCUUCAUCCUUAAUACAACUUGAUGUGACAGCUUUCAUUAAUAUACUUGUUGGCCAAGCCAUUUGUGUUGGUCCAGGGCCUGCAUUUCGACGGGACAUUGUUGAAUAUGCACUACAGUUUGCCACUGUAAGAAGACCAUAA